UAAAACCACUCUGUACAUGGUGUUUAUUCUCAUGCUGACCCUGCUCUCUUUAAUAACAACUUUAAAAGUUAUUCUAGUUUUAUAGGCUUUCAGAGAGCCACUGUGUUCUGAUCCAAUAUUUAUAUCAGUAAAGCAUUUUUUUUAGAUUUUAUUUCAUGAGAGUAGAGAAAAGUUUGUUUUUUUCUCUUUCUUUAUCUGAGUAUUUGCGCUAUUUCAGAAGAAGUGACUACUUCAGCAGAAAGAACAGGAAAACAACAGCAACGAGGGUCAAAAGGACACGUUACAUGUAGAAUCUUUAUAGAAGAAUGAUGUCCCUAAAAACAUCUUCUCUGCUUUGUCUGAUCUUUCUCCUCAUGAUCACAGCAGCUCUGGGGACUGAAUGGAGUGUGAAAUACAGCCAAAGAAAUCUCUGUGCUUUAAAAGGAUCUACAGUGAUUAUGAACGUCACUUACACACACCCAACACGUCUUACAGUGAAAGACAGGUUUUGGUUCAUAAACACAGUUAAGGGUAAAGAGCCGACUGAUCUGUGUAAUGAACCAGGUUACUCAGGUAGAGUGCAGUAUUUAACAGAUGGACAGAAUCACUUCUCCCUCAGACUGAGUGAUGUGAACAAAACAGAUGAACACAUGUACUACUUCAGAAUCAGAACAAACACAGAGAAAAACAAAUACAUGGGUUAUCCUGGAGUUACACUCACUGUUACAGAUCUUGAUGUUCAGAUCGCUCCUGCAGAAGUGACAGAGGGACAAUCAGCCGUUCUGACCUGUAAAACCACCUGCAAUCUGACUGAUCCAACAUUCAUCUGGUACAAAAACAGCCAUCAUUUAACCACAAAGACCAGCAAGAGAAAUGAAGUCCGUCUGCAGUCAGUCAGCAGUGAGGAUGCAGGCAGUUAUAGCUGUGCUGUAAGAGGAUAUGAACAUCACUCUCCUGCUCAAACCCUCAGAGUCAGAUAUCGUCCAAAGAAUGUCUCAGUGUCCAUCAGUCCCUCUGGUGAGAUAGUGGAGGGCAGUUCAGUGACUCUGACCUGCAGCAGUGAUGCUAACCCACCUGUGAAGACCUAUGAAUGGUUUAAAGGUACGACAUCAGUAGGAAAUGGAAAGACCUACACCAUCUCCAAGAUCAGCUCCAUGGACACUGGAGAGUACAAGUGCAGGUGCAGUAAUGAAAUCGGACAUCAGGAAUCCAGCAGUGUGACUCUGAAUGUUCUGUAUCCUCCUAAGAAUGUCUCAGUGUCCAUCAACUCCUCUGGUGAGAGAGUGGAGGGCAGUUCAGUGACUCUGACCUGCAGCAGUGAUGCUAACCCACCUGUACAGAACUACACCUGGUAUAUGGAGAAAGAAUCAUCACCUGUAGGAUCUGGACAGAGUUACAGAGCUGGACAGAGUGGACAGUACUACUGCGAGGCUCAGAAUAAACACGGCUCUGAGAGAUCAGCUGCAGUGUCCAUCACUUUUAAUGGGUCCCAGAGCGUAGGUGUAUAUGCAGGUCUUGGUGUUGUUCUGUUUGUGUGUAUUUGUCUGACUGUCACCUUCUGGUGUAUAAGGAAAAAGAAAAGAGCUGGUUCGACACCAGACCAAAGUUUAAGACAGGAUAAUCUUUAUUCCACCGUGGCAGUGACAAAUCCAAACAACACUGUAUCUGAUUCAGCCUCAGCCCAUCAGGAUGAAGUUCUGUAUGCCAGUGUUGUAUACCAGAGGGCAGUUGAUCCCGGGACCUUCGAGAGUUCUGCUGUGAAAGCUUCUGCCUCUGAGGACGUGGAGGUUCAUUACACUAGUGUUAGAUUGAAAUGCACCGCUGCUGACUAAAGGCCUUCCAAUGUUGAGGAUCCCACUGUAAUCUACAGCAGAGUGAAAUAAACAACUUUCACCUAUUAAUUCCAUCCCAUUACAAUUUUUACUUGAUUACAGCAGAAAACCCUCUAGAAACUUUGAUGGCUAAUUUGUAAAUUAAACUGGUUUUUACACUGUACAAUUACAGCAGUGCUUUAAGAGCAUUCACACCAGACCAGUGACACUUAAUCAUCUGCUGGUGAGUGCAUUAUGUGUGGUACGAGUGCCAAAAUCAUCUCACAAACAAACAGUUCUUUUAAAAAAUUUUGUAUGUGUAAAUCAGACUGAAUUAAUCAGGAUUAAACUAUGAGCUGCACGUCACAGUUUGGAUAUAUAAAGAUGACUCAGUAUAAACUUUGCAUCCUUGUUUAAAGACAAUAAAAUGCACAAGACAAUCUUUAAUCCAAAUAGCUUUCUUGUAAAGCAUAGGUAUUUAAUUAAAAUUCCAUAUCAGGUCCAUAUAAAGAUUUCAUAGAGUUUCUUCCCUUUAGCGGUUAGAAGCAACCAAUUUGACAGUAGUUACAACAAUUGCCUGCAACAUGCUAUUUAAUAAUAAUAAUCUGAAGUUAUUUACAUGUUUUAUAUUAUAUUUAUGAUCAUUUGUCAUCUUUCUAUUUAUCACGUUUAUCAGUAAUUUAAUCAGAAUUUUAGAAAUAAGUUUUCUAGACAUUAUAUUUGCCAGUUUUGCUGUUUUACUGUUAAUAUAUGAGUAUUUUGUGUUUUCUGCUCAUUGUCAAUAUUAUUCACAAAAUUCAAUCAAUCAAUAAAUCAAUCAAUUCACUUUACUGUAAUUGUCAUAAAUAACAGAGUAUAAAUAACAAUGAGAUAUCAUUAAAGCAUCCUCUUUUUAGGCAUACAAUAUAAUAAAUGCAACCAUAGUGCAGCAGUGCAGUACUCUUAACGGUUAUGUCAAAAAAAUAGAAUAUGGGGGGAAGGGUUGAACCAAGAAAUUGUGUUUAUCUUGUGUACUGCAGCAAUGCAAAGUCCAGUUCACAGUUAUUGUCAUAGUGAAGUGUGGUAUAUAAUGAUAGGUGGGGGCAGGGAGGGGGUGAUUGCUCGUUCAGCAGCCUCACAGCCGUUGGAAAAAGGCUGUGGGACAGUCUGGUGCUUCUAGCGCAUAUGGACCUGUACCUUCUACCCGAGGGCAGUAGCUGGAACAGGUGAUGUGCAGGAUAAUGCUGAUCACGCAAGAUGUUGUGCACUCGACGAAGGCAUCGUGUGGUGUAGAUGGUGAUAAUCUCCGGGAGACUAGUCCCGAUGAUUUUCCCAGCUGCUUUCACCACCCGAUGCAGUGCCUGCUGUUCCUCCUUAGUGCAGCUGGAAAACCACACCAAGAGUCAUAUGUCAGCACACUCUCUAUAGCACAACGGUAAAAGUUCACCAAAAGCUGCCAAGAAAGGUUAGUUCUUUUCAGUUUCCUCAAGUAGAAGAAGCGCUGCUGGGCCUUUCCUAUGGCAGAGUUGAUAUUAUUACCCCACGUUAGAUCCUCUGAUACAGUUACAUUGAUACAUUGCCAAUAAUAAGUGGUAAAAGAAUAUUUUUUUAUCUCUACGAAAAUCCACAAUCAUCUCCUUGGUCUUCUUAAUAUUGAGGGCCAGAUUGUGGGUAUCGCACCAUGCUGCCAGAUGUUCCACCUCCCUUCUGUAUAAGGACUCAUUGUUGUUAGUGAUGAGACCUACCACUGUAAUGUCAUCAGCAAAUUUUAUGAUGUAGUUAGAAGGACAGGAGGCACAGCAGUCAUGUGUGUAGAGUGUAUAAAGUAGAGUACACAUCCCUGGGGGACCCCGGUGUUAAUACGCACUGAGAAUGAUGUGUAUUUGUCUACUCGCACACACUGUACACAAUUCGUUAGAAAGUCCAUAAUCCAGUUACACAAUACAGUGCUUAGUCCCAGCUUACAAAGCUUAGUUUGGAGCUUGUUUGGCAGGAUGGUAUUAAAUGCUGAAUUAAAAUCAACAAAGAGAAGCCUAGCAUAUGUAUUUUUGUGUUCCAGAUGUUCUAAAAUGGAAUGGAGCACAAUAGCCACUGCAUCCUCUGUUGAUCUGUUUGCUCUGUAUGCGGGUGGUAUGACAUCCUUGAUACGCUUAAUCACCAACCUCUCCAAACAUUACAAUUCAGUGAAAUAUAGAAGUAUAUAGUGUUUAUCAUGUUCACACCGGGGCAUUAAGUUGCUGUUUGUCUUCA